AUGCGCGGAUUCCUGUCGAGUUUCAUGGCUGAUGUGGCGCUGGGCGUGGUAAUCGCUGCGAAUAUGGCAGUCAUGUUCUGUGAGCACCAGUGGUCCGGCUACGAGUGUGCAUUGGCCCUGGGGAAGCGGACAGACGACUUCGGCUGGGCAGAGGCCGAGCCAACUUUCGAGAUCUUGGAGAUGAUCUUUGUCUCGAUCUACCUGCUUGAUGUCAUCCUCCGCAUGAUCUUCCUGCCUCUGAGUCGCCUCAGGCAGCCCCUCAACUUUUUUGACACUGUCGUCGUCGUCGUUUGUGCCAUCGACGUCUACAUUCUAAGACCGGCAGGCGUCGCAGAUCUGGAAGCUCUCAUCAUUCUGCGCCUCAUCCGUGCAGCGCGGAUUCUUCGCGUGGUCCGAGUUCUAAAGUUUAUGAGACUGUUUCAUAACCUUCACGUCCUCAUCGAAACGCUGAGCAGCAUGCUCGUCGACCUUUUCUGGGGCUGCCUCCUCUUAACGACGAUCAUCGUGACUGCAGGCCUUUUUCUUGGCACCUUGGCCCAAAGCCACAUCCUGGACGACAGCCUGGACCCGAGGACCCGGGAGUUUCUGUACGCGCGAUUUGCCCAUGCCACCUCGGCUUCGUACUACCUCUUCGAGGCUGCCAUGACUUCGGCCUGGGUGACAUCAGCCGGGCCAAUGAUUUUCGACGUCAGCAGCCUCUUUGCGCUCUUCUGGGUGCCAUAUGUUGUUAUGGUGAACUUUGCAGUGACGCGCGUCAUUGCAGCCCUGUUCUUGAAGUCGACGCUAGAAGUCGCCGCGAGGGAGAAGGAGAAAGUUGCCAACGAGGCCAAAAAGAAGAAGGACAAGGUGGCCAAGCGCCUGAAGCACAUCUUCAAGCUGGCAGAUGGCAGUGGUGACGGGUGCGUGGCUUUGGAAGAUUUUCGGCGGAUGCUCGACGAGCCAGAUGUGCUCGAACACCUCGAGGAGAUGGAGCUUAACCACAACGAGAUGCGUGCGUUGGUGGACCUGCUCAGCGAGGGAGGCAAGCCAGUCCCUAUCUCGGACUUCCUGCAUGCGGCGCUGACCAUGAACGAUACGGCAAGAACGAUUCACAUGAUGCAGACGUCGAUCGACGUCGCGCGGAUUGAACGGGCUAUCCUACAGCUCGGUGCCAGGCAGAAUGCCCUGCUCAAAAAACUGAGCACAGCUUCUCUGGAGGCCACGGUUUCCGCCGUUUGA